CUACAAUUGUUUGGUGCCUAUGUGGCUCGCUCAAUCUGUAACUGGGUUAAAGGGCACUGGAUUUAAACUUUGUUCACUAAGAGUGUUGGCAGGUUGCGUAUUCUGCUCAGGAGAGGGCAACGAGGCAGAAAAACUACCUGUUGUGAUUAACGUAGAUGUCGACAUUAUUGUAUCCAGUUUAUGAGUUUAUAUGCAGGCUAUCUCAACCAAUCACUCUUAAACUGAUGUCUUUGUUAAUGCAAUGCAGCGAGUGAGGUAAUGUACCAGGUGUGUCAUUGGCAUUUGUUUUAAUUGAUUCCGUGUGCCGUCAUUCCUUCUCUGUGUAUGUGGUCAGUAGUCUACGUGUGGGCGAGUGUUUUGCGUGUGUUGAGUGAGUGAUGUGUUGUGUGUGAAAGCAGGACAUACUGAUGCUUUGCCAGUAAUUUCCUCGAUGCCUCGAUGCGCUCAUUGGUGCGUCCCUCCAACGUGUCACCAGUUUUGGUGGAUUACCCCAGAUAUCUUCACCAUCGGGAGGGUGAAACACCAUUCCCUUUUCUCAACUCUUGUCUUCACUGUGCUGUCAACAAGGACCUCUGACAACAAUUUUUCAAACUUAUUACUUCCAAAGAACAACUAAGGAAAAAGGAUUUGAAGAUUUGUAUUUGUUCUUUUACGCACGCCUAGCACAGAAAUACAUUUAUUUACUUCAGAGUCGAGGAUGACGCAGUCUUUUGUACUUCCAGCGUUUCUGUUUUUUGCACACUUGCUGAUGCAGGGUCUCUGGGUCAGUGGCUCCCUUGGCUGCGCGUCCUGUGGUUUGCCUGCGAUGGAGAAAGACGCAGAGGAAAGGCUGAUGAUAGAAUUCGCCAAGCAGCAACUUUUGGACAAGCUGCACCUGAAAGAGAGACCAAACAUCACUCAGACGGUGUCCCGGGCAGCGCUCCUCAUUGCACUGCGCAAACUGCAUUCGGGGCGCGUCAGACAGGAUGGUACUCUUGAACUAGAAAACAGUAGGCCUAUACCUACCAACGACCAAGGCUAUGAAAUAGUGAGCUUUGCAGAUCUAAAUGAGACAGAGAUUGGUGAUGCGGCCAGCCUUAGUCUUACCUUCCAGUUUCUGCAGGAACGUGGCCAAAGUAUCCAGGUGCUCCAGUCUUCUCUGUGGAUCUACGCCCGCUCCUCUGAGGACCCUCAUCGAGACUCCCGCCUCUCUGCCCGGGUCUUCCUCUCUGCAGAAGGUGGGUUGUCAGGCUCUAACCGCACCCUGGUGAUGGAAAAGAUGCUGGAAGUCCAGGAAAGUAGCUGGCACACCUUCCCCAUCACCCGCACCCUGCAGGCCUUCCUGGAUGGCGGCCAGCGCCAGCUGCAGCUGGAGGUCAGCUGUGAUGAGGAUGGGAAGAACCUUUGCUCCCUGGAUGGUUCUGACACCCCCAACCAGCCCUUCCUGGUGGCCCAGGUGCGUCUCCGUGACGACCACUCCAAACACACACUUAGGAAGCGCUCGUUGCGUUGUGGUGACGAUGUAAGCGUGUGCUGCAAGAGAGACUUCUACAUCAAGUUCAAGGAUAUCCAGUGGCAUGACUGGAUCAUUGCUCCUGAAGGCUACCAUAUGAACUAUUGCAUGGGUCAGUGCCCCCAACAUCUGGCUGGCUCUCCAGGUAUAGCGUCCUCAUUCCAUGCCACUGUCUUCAGCCAGCUGAAAGUCAACGGCAUAAACACAGCUGCAUCUUCAUGUUGUGUUCCCACUGAGCGCCGGCCACUCUCCAUGGUGUACUUCAACUCCCAGCACAGCAUUGUCAAAACGGACGUCCCUGAUAUGAUAGUGGAGUCCUGUGGAUGUACAUAAAUGACAGAGUAUGAAAGACAUGGCAUAGUUAACAUAGAUUUGUUUCAACACAGGAUAAUGAUGUGUGUAGACAGACAGAAAGAUAACACACAAGAACAGAGCAGGUUAAGUAUUUUUCUAUAUAUAGUUUGGGACAACCAACUCUAAUUAUGUUGUUACUUGUACUUUAAAAAAGAAAAUAGAAGUAACAACUUUGCUUUGUUUCAAAUUAGAUAAGUGUGUUGAAAUGGACACAUCAUUUAGCAGCGUAGACAUAAACAACUGUAAUGUCACAAACAUUGUUUCAAAAUGACUACAUUAGGGAAAUAUAGGCACAAAGACAAAUAUGUUUUUAUUUAUUUAUAUUUUAAAAAAUUGUCACAUAUUUUUUUUUUAUUUCAUUUUAGAGUAAUGCACAGUAUGUAAACAGCUAGUUAGAGAGAAACUGUUGAGUGCUUAGAACCGAUUGAAUGAAUCCAAAUAAGAAUAUACAGUGAGUCUGAAUGGACAGACACAUUUUUUAUUCAUAUGUCAGAGGCUUUAACUAAAGAGAGAAUAUAAACAAAGCCACCUUAACAUAUGGCAGACUGAACACAGACAAGAAAGUGUGAUAUUAAUGUAAAACAUUUAUAGUGGUGACAAGAAGAUCAGGCCAGGGCUGAUUGAAGUCCUGCUUAUAUUAAAGGUCACACAAAGCCCAUAGAGAUAAAUAUGAAGCCUUCACUGUAGUGUACAUUUUAGAAAUGCAAUCUUUUUUUCCUUUUCGUCAUAUAUAGAUUAUUUAUUUUGUAUUUCACAAUUGCUGCUGGGAUUUUGUCCAAAGUCAAAUGUUUUAAUGGAUCUCAGGAAAUUGGGAUCAGAGCUGACUGCACGUCUAAUUCUUUCAAAACAUUAGCUGCAGUAUGUUUUCAUGUAAUAGUCCCUAUGUCCACAUUAAAUAUCUAAUCA